AUGUGUAUUUUUAUAACAAAAAGUAAAUAUUUUACUUUUAAUUUCGGUGAUCAAAUUGUUAAAUCGUUAAAUUCAGCUGGAAUUCCUUAUUUUAAAUUGGUUACUAAAAAUAAUAAAACAGUUAAAAGGUUGAAAACUUUAAAAACAAUUAAAUUUAUACAUUCUAUUUUAUCUUGUGAUCAGGAAGGUAAAAGGAGAUAUGUACUAAAUGGUAAAAGUGUAAUAUACUUGGAUUCUAUCCCCAAACCAAUAUUAAUAAAGAGUAUAAAGGUGUAUAAUUGUAAAAAUAAUGAGUUGAAUGUGUCCAAUUCUGAAGAAAAUGAAGCCAAUUCAGAAUUAAUUAAAUCACUGUUCUGUUUAAAAUUUACUGGUAAAAGAAAAUCAAAAAUAAUGAACAAAAUUAAGGAAAUAUUUCCAAUUGAAUUGAGGGCCAUGUUAUUUCAGUUUUCAAUGAAGUAUAUUGACACAUUCAGUGAAUCUGAUUUGUGCCAUUUUGAAGAAUUGGUUAAUCUUUGCUUCCAAAAUUCUAAAGAUUCAACCCUAUUGGAUUACAUAUCAUGUAAUAAUAAUCCUCCCGUUGAAUUAAUAAAUGGAAACCCAAUUUUCCUCAAAUUGCUUAAAUUCGUCUCUUCCACCCAUCCUUGGAUAAAAUGA